GUUUCACAGAAAUAACACUCGUCGAUGAGCUCUACUUCAUAUUUGAGAGAUACCUGUACCUUUGGAGCCCAUGGACCAUUCCUCUCUGGUGCUUUGAUAGACGCCACAGACUCACCAGCUUGUCUUGGUCCACUCUUGUUCGUACGAAGCCCUAGUUGUACUUCCAGAAGCGUCUGUUCGCGUGUACCGAAGCUCGCACUCCUCCCAUCCAUCCCUUAAUUGGGUUUCGAGGCCUUAGCACGCAUCCAUCAUGCGUGGCUUGGCAGUCUUCGCAUCGUCAGCCGCAAGGCUACCGGUAGUCCUUGGGCUCGAGACUACUCGAUUCUCGGCGGCCACCCUUCAUGCCGAAUCUAAGCCAGAUACCCCGAGUGCCAGUGACUGGGCGGAGAAGGCGGAGAAGGAGGGUCGGAGCCUCUGCAUACUCGAGCCGGACGCUAACGGCGGAGACGACGCGCCGGCGCUGCUGAGCGCGCUCAACGACAAGUGCCGAACCAAGAGCAUCAUUGUGCUUGAUGGACCGGUCUACAACAUCAAGUCGCCGAUGGUCACCACCAGCCUAGACGAUGUGGUGAUUGAUCAGCGUGGGAAACUACUCUGGAGCAAUGACACGACGUACUGGCUCUCGGUCUCGAUGCCUGUGGACUUCCAGAACCAGAGCACUGUAUGGCACUUUGGAGGUGAUGGCGUGGUUUGGGAAGGCCACGGAGUCGGAACGCUCGAUGGUAAUGGCCAGGUCUGGUAUGACCUCAAUGCCGGCGGAUCCAACAUGCCUCAUCGCCCGAUGAACAUCAACUUUCGAGACUUCUCGAACUCGACUGUCAAAGGUCUCCGGUUCGUGCAGAGCCAAAUGUGGACGAUGAACAUAAUGCACUCCAAAAAUCUUGUCUUCGAGGACAUAUAUGUGAACAGCACCUCGUCUUCGGAGAACAACUCUCUCAACACGGACGGCGCUGACACCAUGUACUCGGACAACAUCACCUUCCGCCGGUGGGUUGUUGUCAACGGCGACGACGCAAUCGCUCUCAAGGCCAACUCCAGCAAUAUCUACAUUUACGACAGCGAGUUCUUCGGCAGCACUGGCAUAGCCAUGGGAUCCAUCGGCCAGUUCAUCGGGCAAUUCGAGUAUAUCGAGAACUUCUUGGCGCGAAACGUGACUUUACACGACACCCUGCGGGGCUGCUACUUCAAGACGUGGACCGGCAUCCAGAUUGGGUAUCCGCCCAAUGGCGGCGGCGGCGGUACGGGAUACGCGCGUAACAUCGUGCUAGAGGAUAUUAAGCUCGACGGCACCCGCGGAGAACCACUUUUCAUCACUCAAUGUGAGUCCUUCUCCGGACACGCGGGUGAGUCCUGCGAUACGUCGACGUUUAAGAUUUCCGACGUCGUCUGGAAGGACUUUAGCGGAACGAUGAUGGACGACGUGCCUAGCUCGGGCUUCUUCCGGUGCAGCGCGGCUGCGGGCGGGUGCAACAACCUGACGGUAGAGAACUUUUCCGUAAAGCCCGUCGGCCAAGAUACUGUGUUGGAUAAAUGGCUCUGUAAAAACGUUGAAGGCGAUGAAGGAUUCGACUGCCAGAAAAUUGAGGAGAGCGCCGAUGAGCUCUGAAUAUCAUUUCAGUAGUCGGCGACUACAAUGAUCCGGCGUAUCCGGGACUUUUGGCGGUAUAAUAGGCAAUCAAAACUUGGCACACUCGGCGGCAUAAUGUCGCGGAGGCCAUCACCGUUAGCGUUGAACUUGACCGCAAUUUUCUAAUCAGCGGCCGCUUAGUACGGUAUGCUUUGAUCUAAGUGGACACAGAC